GAUUAAUAGUGUACCUUGGGAUGAUGUGUGGUGCGUUUGUAUGGGGAGGAUUGGCAGACAGACUAGGGAGGAAGAAAUGUCUCACCAUAUCACUGGCCAUCAAUGCUGCCUUUUCAUUCAUAUCCUCCUUUGUUCAGGGGUAUGGCUUCUUCCUCUUCUGCCGCCUUAUUUCUGGAUUUGGUAUUGGGGGAUCCCUACCUAUUGUGUUUGCAUAUUUCUCCGAAUUCCUGUCACGUGAGAAGAGAGGGGAGCAUUUGAGCUGGCUUUGUAUGUUUUGGAUGAUUGGCGCAGUCUAUGCAUCAAUAAUGGCGUGGAGCAUCAUUCCUCACUAUGGAUGGGGAUUCAGUAUGGGGACACACUACCAUUUCCACAGCUGGAGAGUGUUCGUGGUUAUAUGUGUUUUUCCCUGCAUCGCUUCUAUGAUUGCUUUGAAGUUUAUGCCUGAAAGUCCUCGCUUCUUAUUGGAGACUGGUAAACAUGAUGAAGCUUGGAUGAUUCUAAAGAAGGUUCAUGACACCAAUAUGAGAGCCAAGGGAGAACCGGAAAAAGUUUUUACAGUUUCCCAUAUUAAGACACCGAAACAAGUUGAUGAGUUUAUUGAAAUUCAGAGUUCCACUGGGACAUGGUUUCAGCGCUGGCUGGUCAGGGUCAUGACAGUUGUCAAGCAGGUAUGGGAGAGCAUACUGUUCUGCUUUUCUGGCCAGUACAGGAAAAACACAAUAUUUCUGGCAGUGGUUUGGUUUACUAUGUCCUUAAGCUACUAUGGUCUUACGGUCUGGUUUCCUGAUACAAUUCGGUACAUACAAGAUGAAGAGUAUGCAAGCAGAGUUAAAAGAUUUGAGAAUGAACAUGUCAAGAACUUUGUAUUCAAUUUUACCCUUGAAAACCAAAUACACAUCGAUGGGACCUAUUACAAUGACAAGUUCUAUAAGAUGAAGUUCAAAUAUGUCACCUUUGAGGACUGUGUCUUUGAUGAAUGCUACUUUGAGGAUGUUACUUCAACAGGCACCAUCUUUAAGAACUGUACCAUCAAAUAUUCAUAUUUUCACAAUACAGAUCUUCAUGAGCACAGAUUCAUUGACUGCACACUAAUAAACAGCACAUUCUCUAAUCAUAAAGAAGACUGUGAUAUUGACUUUGAAGAAGACAAUGAUUUUCUGAUUUACCUGGUUAGUUUUCUUGGAAGCUUAUCGGUAUUACCUGGAAAUAUUAUCUCCGCUCUCCUUAUGGACAAAAUUGGAAGAAUAAAAAUGAUAGCUGGGUCCAUGCUGAUCUCGGCAGUUUGCUGUUUCUUCCUCUUCUUCGGAAGCAGUGAAUCCGCAAUGAUUGGCUGGCAGUGCCUUUUCUGUGGCACCAGUAUAGCAGCAUGGAAUGCUCUCGAUGUUAUUACAGUGGAGCUUUACCCUACAAAUAAAAGGUACUAUAAUGCUUCCUGUGUUCAUAUGACCGCUGCCAUGCUAAAGAAGCUGAAGGUAAAGGUGAUGGACUGGCCCAGCAUGUCUCCAGACCUAAACCUUAUUGAGCAUGUGGGACAUCAUCAAAUGGAAGGGAGAUCUGCAACAUCAAUAUUUACUCAG